UUUUGUGCGGCGGCGGCGGAGGUGGGGGGGGGUAAAGUAAAAACAAAAGAAGCGAAGAGAAGAUUAUAUAAAGAAUUACUUGCGGACGUUUUUUGUUUCCUUGUGUGUGCAGAAGACGGUGGCAAGUAAUAAUGCCUGCACCACAAACAUUUCCAUGACUGCAUUGGUACUGAGAUAACUAGCAGAGCCAAGAUGGCCACUGCACCAUACAACUAUUCCUACAUCUUCAAAUAUAUUAUUAUUGGAGACAUGGGUGUUGGGAAGUCAUGCUUGCUUCAUCAAUUUACAGAAAAGAAAUUUAUGGCUGAUUGUCCCCACACGAUUGGGGUAGAGUUUGGAACCAGAAUAAUUGAAGUUAGUGGUCAGAAGAUCAAGCUUCAGAUCUGGGACACCGCUGGCCAAGAGCGGUUUAGGGCUGUUACACGAAGUUAUUACAGAGGUGCUGCUGGUGCUCUCAUGGUCUAUGACAUCACCAGGAGAAGUACUUACAAUCACCUUAGUAGCUGGCUUACAGAUGCAAGAAAUUUAACUAAUCCAAAUACUGUGAUUAUUCUUAUAGGAAAUAAAGCAGAUCUUGAAGCUCAACGAGAUGUAACGUACGAAGAAGCCAAGCAGUUUGCUGAAGAAAAUGGUCUGUUAUUCCUUGAAGCAAGUGCAAAAACAGGUGAGAAUGUUGAGGAUGCAUUCCUGGAAGCUGCCAAGAAGAUCUACCAGAACAUACAGGAUGGCAGCCUGGAUCUCAAUGCUGCUGAAUCUGGAGUACAGCACAAACCCUCCGCUCCUCAGGGUGGUCGACUAAUCAGUGAACCCCAACCCCAGAGGGAAGGCUGUGGCUGCUAGUGAUCUUUAGCCAGCCAACCUCUUGACCUUUCACACCUUUCUCUUGUGUCUUUGUCAAAGCAGUAUUUCUAGCUGCCUCCUCGUCUGCUGAUAAUCUGACAGGAUAAAUUUUGCUGCUGUGACAACAGUUUAACACGAUGAUAAAUGGCUCUUCGCUAAACCACCGUAGAUAUUUAUCAGGUUACAAGGAAAAUGAGUAGAGUAAUAAAACCUCCUGCAUGGAAUUUAGAAUUGAAAUAUUUUCUUACUUGUUCUUGUGGUAGUUCCUCAUCAUCCCUUGAUCUGUGAUCUGACUUCAGUGCCCCUGUCAGCUAAACGUCAUGCUGACAUUGCCUAAUUCAAACUUCUCCCUCACAGGGGCAAUAGACAUAUCCUUGCCAUUCAUUCAAAAAAAAACUGUACAGUUAAAAACCCUCCUGUUCUGCCAUACAACUGUUGUCUAUGCUGUUCAAAGUUACUGAUGGGUUCUUUGACUGUGAACCAACAUCCAACUCAAACUGGAUAGGGUGUCUGUAAUGUGUAGAGUGUGCUUGUUGCUGUUCAUAAGAUCCCCACCCAGUUACAUGUUUUCACGGGGUUCUAAUUCCAGCUCUUUGUCUUAACCUUGCACAGGGAAAUGGCUAUUACUCAUCUUUCCCUCUUAAGACGCAAACGAAGGCUUUAGCGUGCUUUUUGUCAUUUUAUUCUUUACAUUUAUUAACAUACGUAAAUAUGUAUAAAAUUUGAAGGAACCGAACUAACAUUUAAAUACAUCUGUGUGUAUAUGAUUUUAAUGAAGAAACAAAUUGAUCACUGGCACUAUAAGUACCAGUUUGUACAGAACAAUCUAAGAAACCAUGUUGCCCCUUUAAGCACAGAAUAGAUAUAAUCACAUUUUAAAAAGAAACAAAACAAGCAGUACUUUAACACUAUUCGAGUUUCAUAUUCUCUUGUCUUGUUCCAUCAUUGCACUGUGGAAAAUCUCUACCGUUUAAUAAUCCCGUUGUUGUGCAAUCGACUGUAAUGUUCUCUGUAGAUGUCUUGCAUUUAUGGCUGUAUUUACUGCCUUACAUCAUUCAAAAAAAAACAACUGGGUGUAUGAAUGCAAACCUGUGCUUUUAACUCAACACAUUUGGGUGCAAUUGUCCUUGAUGAACUGGAUAGCCAAAUUUCAUUCAAAAAGCAGACUUUAUGGGAGAUUUGUUUAUUUUUAAGAAUUUUGUUCACUGUAUUAAACACUUUAGGGUAGGGUGAUUCUGACCUAACUUUCAAGGGAUGAAAGUAGAUUACAUUUCAAAUGGUGAUUCAGCACGUUUGCCUUUGGCAGCAUAAUUGCGGUUAAAAUGCUGAUUAAUGAUCUGCAUAUACAGUUGUGUAUAAAAUGGGUCUGUACUGUUUAAGCAUUAUUUCGAUCAAGAAAUUAAGAAUAAUGUUCAAAAUCCCCAUAAUAUGACACGAGCAGUUGAAAAUCCCCUCACCCUUGUAGAAAAAUGGGAUCCUUUACAGAAGUGCUGUGGGAAGGCCAAAACUGGAAUCUGCAAUACAGGUAUAUUGAAAAUUUUGUCAAUUUGUACACUGUCCCUUGCUUGUAGUGUGUUGCUAUUAAUUUUAAGAAUGAGGCUUUUUGUUGAGUAUAUGGGAGUACUGUCAAAGGCAAUAUGGUUAGGAGUCUCUUGUGUUGGUUACAAUGUUAAGCCUUUGCUUUAGUGAGGUGUUGCCUGGGGACCACAGCCUGCAGAUACAACAUGCAGGGAUUUGACAAGGUGUUUCAUUCUAAAUUUGCUAAAGUUUGCUUUAGUUAUUAGGUGGUAUGAGAUCUGAACUACUCUUGAACAGCUUACAGUAGGUAUUGUUUAUAUCUGUGACAGAAAAUUACUUUGAACUGCUGUACCUUUCAUUUGAUGGAACAAAUGCUAUUAAUCUGAAUAUUUGUAAAUAAAGUACCUGUAUCUAGUUAAUUUGUCCUUGUACUCUUUUUAAGAAUGUAAUUACAUAUGAUCCUCCUGCCUCUACACAGUUGUUAAUUGGCAUUCCUUAAUGUGGCAGAUGAGCUAGAUGUGGCAGUGCCCUGGCAAUGCAAUGUAUACUUGAAAGUACUUUGAAAAGAAACAGUUCAUGCCAGGUUGAGUUGUAGCCAAAUGGCACUGAACUUGGGAUUUGUGGAAUAAAUGAUGGAAGUUGGCAAA